UCCACUGCUAUGGUCAAUAUACAAGGCUGUGAUGGUCAAACACAUAAAGUUCGUGUACUACUCGACAAUGGAAGUACAUCUAGUUUUGUCACAGAAACUUUACGAGCGAAAUUAGGAAUACGCAGUUAUUCUACUUCACUACUAGUACAAGGGUUGAACAAUCAGUCCUCAAAAAUUACAAAAAGAUGUGACGUCACCAUAUCGUCACUCACAAACAGUGGUUAUACAACUGACGUCAAUUGUUUUGUUGUACCACAUAUCACUCAGUUGAUACCUACUUCACAAAUUAAUUGCAAUUUCUUUUCCAUUCCCUCUCGCAUCCACCUCGCGGAUCCAACCUUCUCCACGCCGUCUGAGGUGCAGAUGUUGCUGGGGGCGGACAUCUUUUGGGAUGUCCUUCAAAACAAUCAUAUUGUCCUGGGAAAGAACAAGCCAACUCUGAUUGAAACAACAUUAGGGUGGCUUGUCACCGGCUCUAUACAAUCAAACACAAAAUUUAACACCAACAAUACAGUCCAUUGCCAUUUUCUAAACAACAAUGAGCUUGAUGAGAAGUUAGACAAAUUUUUCGAACUAGAAUCAGUUCCCUCUGCUCAACAAAUCCAUACUAAAGGUGAGAGUGAGUGUGAACAAAUAUUUACACAAACAACAAAGCGCCACCCAGAUGGCAAAUUUAUUGUUACCAUUCCAUUAAAAGGAUCACCUGAAUCUUUAGGGGAUUCCAAACAACAAGCUCUAAUUAGGUUUCAAUCUUUGGAACGUAAAUUUAAACGCAACGCAGAGUUCAAAAAAAAAUACACAAAUUUUCUUGAAGAAUAUUUGGCUUUAGGUCACAUGUCAGAAAAUGAAACAAUACAAAACGACUGCAUUUCAUACUUCAUGCCUCAUCAUGGCGUUUUGCGGGAAAACAGCCUCACUACAAAAUUACGUACAGUCUUUGAUUGUUCAGCUGUAACAAGCACGGGUUUAUCAUUCAAUGAUAUUCAACAUAUUGGGCCAACUGUACAAGAUGAUUUACUUAGCAUAUUGAUUCGAUUUAGACAGCAUAAGUUUGUAGUAACGUCAGAUAUAGAAAAAAUGUAUAGACAAAUUUAUGUUAACAAUAAACAACGAUGUUUGCAACAAAUAUUUUGGCGAUCACACCCCAGCCAGCCAAUUAAACAAUAUAAAUUAAACACAGUCACAUAUGGGACCGCAUCAGCACCGUAUUUAGCAACUAGAUGUCUGGUACAGCUGGGACAAGAAUGCACCAAUGAGGAUGUUCGGGAAGCAAUUUUACACGAUUUUUAUGUAGAUGAUUAUAUAUCUGGGCAUGAUGAUGAAAAAACUUUAAUACAAAUAUGUAAAGGCGUCAUUCAGACGUUAGAAGGCGCACGUUUUCAUUUACGUAAAUGGCUGUCCAAUCAACCGUCUAUCCUGGAUGAUAUUGUUAGCGAAAAUAAUACAGACGAGUUAUUAAACUUAAACAAACAUGAUUAUACAAAAACAUUAGGUUUACUCUGGGCCUGUAAAAAGGACACAUUAUUAUUUGCAGUAAAUAAAAUAUCAAAUCAGCCUAACACAAAUAAACGUACAAUUUUAUCCACAAUUGCUCAAGUGUUUGAUCCACUUGGUUUAAUUAAUCCUUGCAUGUUACAGGCAAAACUCAUAUUACAAACACUAUGGGCUAAGAAUAUCACAUGGGAUGACCAGCUACCUGCUGAUGUUGAGUCACAAUGGCACGACUUUAUUAAAUACUUACCAGAAAUUACAAAAAUAGAAAUCCCUCGUAGAGUGUUAUGCAAUUCGUAUGUUAAGGUCGAAUUGCACGCAUUUUCUGAUGCCUCCAUUAAGGCCUAUUCAGCUUGUAUAUAUCUACGCUCAGUGUCUGAAACUGGGAAUGUACAAGUACAUUUGAUACUUGCAAAGGGCAGAGUGGCACCAUUGAAGCAAAGGCUGACUAUGCGGCGCCCUUCUCGCUACAAGGUUAACAAAAAGGGUAGUAAAUUCAUUACGUUUAAACAUUGACUCAACAUUUUUUUGGUGUGACUCAACUAUUGUGCUGGGCUGGAUCAAAACAUGCAAGUUAAAACUAAAACAAUUUGUAUACAAUAGAAUUAAUGAGAUCACUAAUAAUUCUUAUCCUAAUUCAUGGAACUACGUUCCCACAGAUAUGAACCCGGCUGACAUUGGUUCUCGCGGUCUUAAUGCAGCGCAACUUCAAUCUUCACUUUUGUGGUGGGGAGGUCCGCACUUCUUACAUCAAACAGAUGUGCAGUGGCCCACACAGCCACAAGAUGUGAAUAUUGCUAGUUUGCCAGAAAUGAAACAUCAAUGCCAUCUGUCAACUGAUGACUUUCAUUGUCAGAAUUUCAAUAUUUCUCAAUAUUUUAACAAUUUUUCUGAAUUUAGUAAAUUACAACGUAUCAUAGCUUAUGUAAAAAGAUUCAUUUCCAACUGUCAAUAUUCUCGCAAUAAAACAUCAGGUCCCUUGACUGUCACAGAACUAAAUACUGCAUUAGAAUUAUUGUGCAAACAAGUACAACGUGAUUCAUACUGUAAACAAUACUCACAAUUUCUUAAUAAAGGCCCGCUGUCUCCUAAGGACAAACUUCUCAAAUUAAACCCUUUUAUUGACCAUGCAGGUAUAAUACGAGUAGGAGGUAGACUGUCAAACUCUCACUAUGAUUACAACACAAAGCACCCUAUCUUACUAGACGCAUCACAUCACAUAACUAAAAUAUUAGUCACACACUAUCACAAAAUUCUUUUACAUGCUGGACCACAGCUGUUGUUAUCAACGUUGCGACAUAAAUACUGGAUAGUCAAUGGUCGUAAUCUUUGUAGAAAUGUUACUCGAAAUUGCAUAUCCUGCCUUAGAUUUGCAGGCAAAACUUAUCAGCCUAUCAUGGGCAACCUACCUCUACAAAGAUUGCAAGCAGACUACCCUUUCAGUAAUACAGCUGUGGACUAUGCUGGUCCCAUCAUGAUGGCAAACAGAAAAGGUCGUGGCUGUCAGUUGAAGAAGGCAUAUAUUGCCGUUUUUGUUUGCCUGGCAGUGAGAGCGAUGCACAUAGAACUCGUCACCGACUUAAGUUCUAAAGGUUUCAUUGCAGCCUUAAAUAGAUUUAUUGCCCGCAGAGGUAAGCCAGCUGUCAUCUACUCCGACAACGGAACUAAUUUCGUGGGUGCUUGCAACGAAAUAGUUAGGUUUCUAAAAAAUCAAUCUAACGAUAUUAUUUCAUACGGUGCUGAAAACGAAAUUAAUUUCAAAUUUAGUCCAGCCUACAGUCCACAUUUUAACGGCGUAGCAGAAGGGUCAGUUAAAUCAAUUAAAAAACAUUUAACUCAUGUAUUGUCAAUGGCUCAUUUGGAUUAUGAAGAGAUGAACACUGUAUUGGUUCAAAUUGAGGCAAUACUGAAUUCUAGACCUCUCACUCCAAUUUCAUCUGAUCCAUCAGAUUUAGUUCCUCUUACACCAGCGCAUUUCUUGAUUGGACGAACGCUCACUAUGUUACCUGCUCCCCAGGUCGAUGAUACUCCAGUUCAUAUGCUUUCCAGAUAUAAAAGGAUACAAUUAUUAAAAACACAUUUUUGGAAUCGAUACUACAAGGAGUACGUUUCAGAAUUGCAGAUCCGAAACAAAUGGCGCACAAAUAGAGGACAACCACAGCCAGGAGAGAUGGUUCUCAUUAAAGAUGAUCGGCUGCCCCCCAAUAGAUGGCUGCUGGGACGUGUCACCACAGUUUACCCAGGCGCUGACGGCGUCAACCGGGUGGCAGACGUAAAAACUACUUCAGGAACCUUACGCAGAGCUUGGAAUAGGCUCUGUCCAUUACCAGUUAUGUUGGACCAGAAAGAUGCAUCUGCUCCAAGAGGGCCAGUUUGUUAACGAACGAAGCGGUGCCCCCCCUCUACGUGCUGCGGGACGCGCGCGCGCCGCCGCCAGCCCAUUCCGCCACCGACCGGCCGUGCGAUCGCGCGCGCCCGCUGCACACAAUUUUUGUUGGCGCGUCUAUUACAAAGGAGCCUCCGUGAUUCAAGAAAACACGCGCGGCCAUCACAAGUUGCUGCCGCGUGUUACAUCAAGAAGCCUCGUUAACAAUAACAAUUUUGUUUUUCCUUUGAUGUGUCCCCCGUCGGAUGGAUUCCUUUUGUUUGUUUUAAGCUUAUUUUAUACAAAAGCUUAGGUCUUUUAUUUAUCGAUUUAGUCACUACGAAGUCUGCCGGGUCAACUAGUAAAAAACAUAUAUUUAAAGUUGUAUUUAAAUAUAAGCGACUGUAGUAUGAAUUGUACUGAAUAAUGGCUAUAUGUAAUACUAUAUAAUACUUAUAUACGACCUGUAACGACCUAUGCGAGUAUGGUGUUCGCUCAAGCGACCCCGACAUUGCGGGUCAACCGUUAAAGCAUCAUGUUUUGUUAGGAACUUCGAUUUUCUCGACAAUUUAGGCCUCGAAUCCAUAGCGUCGGAGCGGUACUUCGAUAAGACGAUGCGGCAUGAUAAUCGCUUCAGCGUGGCUGACGCUGAACCCUGGAACCUUGCAGCUCUAAUACUACAGCAAGCAUAGGGAUCUGGCAAGGGACCCUGAUAACCAUACUCGUCGAACUUGCUAAAGAGUUCGACGUGAAACCCAACCUGCACAUCAGCCCGUUGAGUUUCUCGCCGGAUCUUCUCAGUGGGUCGCGACUCCGAUCUGGUAGUAGAUGCAUCCGCGAAACAGCUGUCUUUGACAGUCUCCGUUACGUCUACUUCGGAGAUGCUCGGGUAGCUAUUAGAAAAUCGCAUCCCCGCUGCCUGAGCAAGUGCUGGCCCCCAUCCGUCCUGGUGAGUCUGUAAAAACCUCGGGCCUCUGGUAACCGUUCCCGUCUAAAAAGAGGCUGUGUGCUUCUUACCUGAAGCCAUGAAAUACUUCGCGGCAGAAAUAGGAGGAUGUUUGUGUGUGCUUAGUGCCCAAUUACGUUUGACAAUCGCAGUACGCUGGCCAAUCACUCAGAGAACGCCGCUGCACAGUAAAUUUCUAUGUCGCCUUUUAUGGAACUCACAAGUCGAGACGGGACCUGUUGUAUUCAGUACACAGCCAGAUAAAGUUCCCGGUAUCAGUAAAAAAAUAAUUGUUUAAAAAAAACUAACAAAAUACGCUUUUAUAGAAAAUCCAACUAAAAAACAGAAAAUAAAUUUUAAUAAAUUUGAAUUAAAAAUAGUGUCAUAAAAAAUUCAUUUUAUUAUAAAAAAGCGUGGGGUGCUUUUCAGAAUAUAAUCAAAAUAACUCUUCUGCGACUCAUCUCUGUUUAUAAAAUAUUUAUAACUACUGAUACCAUGCACCCGACGCAUUUUUUACAAUAAAAUCAUUUUUUCUUACACUUAUUUUUAAUUCAAAUUUAUUCAAAUUAUAUUCUAUUUUUUUGUUGAAUUUACUAUAAAAGCGUAUUUUGUUAUUUAUAAUUUUUUUUUUGAAUUUCAAUUUUUUCAUUUUCUUUUAAAAUAUAUAGUGAUGUUAUCGGUCCAUAAUAAGUAUAAUAAAUUUUGAGUUACUCCGACGUUUUGAAGGGGGUCAAAAUCAUCUUCGAAGAUUCCGUUACAUACUAACAUACUAACUACUAUUAAAGCGUAUUAAAAAUUAACAAUUAUCGAACAUAAUUUUAUUGUCCGCAUGCUUCGUGGCCUGACAGCGGUUGGCGCCGCUGGCUCAAGAGCUUAUCAACUGUGAGAGUCGGAUAAUAAUGAAAAAGCCGCCGCCUUGCCGUCCAGCAGGCGUCCGAGAGUCGUGCGAGCCGGUCUCCGAGGUCAAUGAAGGCCAAAUCCCAGACCCAGCCGCGAACACGGUCAGGACCGGCAGCCGCGUCUUUCUUCUGCAUCCUCGACUUCGUUGCACGAAUCUCUUCCUCCGAGAGGUUUGGAAGGACCACCGCGGCAUCGGCAUCAAAACGCGGCGGCGUGCCCAUGGUCUCAAAGUGCUUCUCCAUCCACGGGGAUUAAAACCGCAGCAUAAUAACAUUGAUAGAAGAUAAGUGGCAUUUUUAAUGACUUUUGAUGUGAUCCACUAGUUGAAUUUAUAACUACUCGUAAUAUACUGCUUUAAACUUGUUUUUAAUAAUAUCUCGGGAUUAAAGGGUUUCAGGAAGGAUAUUAUGACAUGAAUUAUAUAAUAAUAAUAAUAAAGAUAAACUAAACAUACAAAA